AAACAGUGACAGUGUAUCUACACUCACAUUUGUAUAUAACGCAUAGAAGUGGCGUGUGGUCUUGCCGUCCGUCUCCAGUAGCUCAACACUCUCUGCUUCCACAGCUCUCCGUCCAGAUCUGAUCCCAACAACCAGAGUUCAGGGUAUCUGUGAAGAAGUUGGAGAACAUGGGUCGCGGAGUUAGCAGCGGUGGGGGUCAGAGUUCUUUGAACUAUCUUUUUGGGAGUGGAGAGGCUCCGAAACCAGCUGCCAACAAUGCUCAAGAUGCGCCAGUUCCAAAUGAAGGGAGGGCUGUGAGCAAUGAGCCUGCUUCCAAGCCUACUGCUCCUGCUCCUCCUCCUGAACCAGUUGAUAUCACCAAGGCUAUUCCUGCUGGUAUCCAUAGCACCUCCACAAACAACUACAUGCGUGCAGAUGGCCAGAACACCGGAAACUUCAUUACGGACCGACCCUCGACCAAGGUCCAUGCUGCCCCAGGUGGUGGAUCUUCUCUGGGUUACCUCUUCGGUGGACCAGGUGGUAACUGAGACAGACAUGCCCUUCGUAACGUUGAAUUUUGUGAAACCUCCAUGCCGGACGAGGCAAUGCCUUCAUCCUUUUUAUAUAAAACAAUGGAAGUCUUUGUGGAUUCUGUCAUGUAAUAUAGAUCUUGUGGUUGUUUGGAUCAUUCAGUCAAGAAUGAUCUAUUUAGAUGGAUAAACCAUCUGAUACAGGUUUCGUUUUCAUCGACAAACCAAACAUUUCCUAGUGCAUAUUUCGUGUUACCUGUUGUUU